AUGGACCUCAAGACGAGGGUCAAAGCUUAUCGGUUCGUCGCCUAUUCGGCAGUAGCCUUCUCAGUCGUCGCUGUACUCUCUGUUUGUAUCACUUUGCCAAUGGUAUACAAGUAUGUACACCACGUGAAAAGACACAUGCAAAACGAAAUCGUCUCCUGCAGGGCCGCCUCAAAGGAUAUCUGGUCUGAAGUGCACACUCUUAAGAUUGCAGUUCAGCCUAGAUCCAACAGGACUGCACGCCAAGCCGGUUACGGAGAUGAUGCUGUCGAGUCUCAUAAACCCUCUCGUGGUGGUCGUGGUGGUUGCGAAUCCUGCUGCGUAAAAGGAGCAGCGGGUCCAGCCGGUGUUCCAGGACAACCUGGUAAACCGGGUAGACCUGGAGCUCCGGGUACACCAGGCCAGCCAGGAAAACCUCCUGUUCAGCCGUGUGAACCUAUUACCCCGCCUCCCUGCAAACAAUGUCCUCAAGGGCCACGAGGACCUGCGGGCCCACCAGGACCACCUGGAGACGCUGGUCAACCUGGAAAAGCAGGAAAUGGAGGAAACGACGCCGCUCCAGGAGCACCUGGCCCGAAGGGACCGCCUGGCCAGCCUGGUGCGAAUGGUGGCCCUGGAGCUCCUGGAGAACCUGGUGCACCAGCGCAGUCAGUACCGCUCGUGCCAGGAGAACCCGGUCCCGCUGGACCACCUGGUCCUGCCGGGCAGCCAGGAUCAGAUGGACAACCUGGAGGUGAGGGAACACCUGGAUCUCCUGGUCCUAAAGGAACUCCUGGAUCACCAGGUGCACCUGGAUCUGACGGUCAUGCCGGGGCACCAGGUCCAGCGGGUACGCCGGGAACGAAAGGAGAGAGGGGAAUCUGUCCAAAAUACUGUGCCAUCGAUGGAGGAGUGUUCUUCGAGGAUGGAACUCGACGAUAG